UCUAGGGAAGCCGAGGAAGACCAGUAGCGGAGCCGAGCCGAGCCAAGCCACUCGGCUAACCUCAGCAUGUUAUUGAUCUCUAUGUUGCUGUAGAUGGAAGAAGGAUCAUUUUCCAAAGAGCUACAUCGAUCUCAAACGGACCUCUUAAAAUGGCAGGCGAGGAGGAGAGGGGAGUGGUUCGAGUCAAAGUAAAGAAAUAUGAUGGAGUACUUCCUGCAGAGUUUCGCUCCUUUGCUGUAGAUCCUCAGAUAACAUCAUUGGAGGUGUUGCAGCAUAUUCUAAUAAAAGCCUUUGAUCUGAAUGGGAAGCGGAAUUUUGAAAUCAGUUAUAUGUCUAGAGGUGGAAGCGGCGCAGAAAUGUACCUGUCUUUGACAUCUGACGGUGAUUUGGAUGUUGCAUUUGCCAGUGCAGCCAAACCAUAUCUACAACUCAAGAUGGACGUGAAACCUUCAGAAGACAGUCCCGUUAUGGAAGACUGGGACAUCAUCAGCCCCAAAGACGUUAUUGGCUCUGAGCAGCUUCUUGCAGAAAGGACUAGAUCUUUAGCAUCUGCAGCACUUCCUUUCACCCAGUCCUUACUGUCCCAGGUCGGUCGGACCUUCUCUCGAGUCCAGCAAGCUUUCAGCUGGUCUUAUGGGGAGGAGAUCAAGCCUUUCAAGCCCCCUCUGAGUGACACUGAGUUUCAUAGUUAUCUCAACGGACAAGGACAGUUGACACGGCCUGAGGAAUUAAGACUGCGGAUCUACCAUGGCGGUGUGGAGCCUUCACUGCGCAAGGUUGUUUGGCGCUACCUCCUUAAUGUCUAUCCAGACGGACUGAGUGGACAGGAAAGAAUGGACUACAUGAAGCGGAAGACGAGAGAGUAUGACCAGCUGAAGAAAGAAUGGACGGCCCACGUCAGUCACGAGGAUCUUGAAUUUAUCCGAGGGAAUGUACUCAAAGACGUCUUAAGGACAGAUCGUGCUCAUCCUUACUACGCAGGAUCAGAAGACAGUCCGCAUUUGACUGCACUCACCGACCUGCUUACUACUUUCGCCAUCACACAUCCACAGAUCUCGUACUGUCAAGGGAUGAGCGAUAUCGCCUCGCCGAUACUUGCCGUGAUGGAUAAUGAAGCACAUGCCUUCAUUUGCUUCUGUGGCAUUAUGAAACGCUUGGAGGGGAACUUCCGACCUGACGGACAACUUAUGUCUAUUAAAUUCCAGCAUCUAAAAUUGCUUUUGCAGUAUUCCGAUUAUGAAUUCUACUCCUAUCUGGUCUCCCGUGGAGCUGAUGACCUCUUCUUCUGUUACCGCUGGUUGCUCCUGGAACUGAAGCGGGAGUUUGCCUUUGAUGAUGCCCUAAGGAUGCUUGAGGUGACUUGGAGCUCCUUGCCUCCAGAUCCUCCUGAAACUGAAGUGGAGCUCCUUGGACCGCCAUUGCAGUCAGAUAAAAUUACACGUUUCAUGAACAAGAAAAAGCCUGCUGAGAAUCGCCUUGGGCAAGACUGGGAAGUAAAAGAGAAGCAGCGUAGACAACAUAUGCUUCGGCCCUCCAGAGAAGAACCUGAUGUUAGAUCUGGAAGUAAUAACGGUGUCUCUAAAGUAACCAUGGGAAAGGCACAUGUUGUUUCUCCUUCUCUUGAGGAGAGCUUUGGAGACUUUAAGUACUAUAGUGCCCAAAAUGAAGACUGCUUUGACGUGAAGGAUGUCAAACCGCAGCAGGGUUUGAUAGAGUCACAGUCAACACCACGCAUUCCAGUUCGUCAGUCCACCACUGACAGUGAGGAGGAUCCUGGGGAAAGAACCCCUCUGAUAAGAUACUGUAACAAUGGCUUUUCUUCUGGAUCAUCACCUCCCACGUCUGUUAGUGGUCCACCAGUUUGGAAGAGCGGUGCUGUGUCUCAUUCCUCUUCAGCCUUACCUUCUAGUUGGUCAGGUGCUACACCAGACUCUCCUUCACAAACCACAUUUGGAUUUACGACUAAUGGAAGAGAGGCCUUAUCAAGAACUGUCCCAAAAGUAAUCACAUCUUCUGCACAAUUGCUCAGAAGUACAGGGUUGAACUUGACCACCAGUCCCACUUUAAAAACAUCAGCUGCGUCUAACUCCCAUACUCAAAAUCGAUCCUUUCUGUCUUCACCAAUUUUGCCUUUUGGAAGGGGUUCUUCACAGCCCAUUUCCAGGCCAUCCUCUAACAACCUCCCUUCUCCGAGCAACAAACCCUCAAGUGCUACAGUUAACAUGGACAGUUCACCAAAACUGGAGGCUGGCAUCAAACCGCUUUCACUCCCACCUCCCCAAGAAUUCGGAAAAGGCAAUCCUUUCAUGCUUUUUUUGUGCUUGUCAAUCCUGCUGGAACACCGAGACCACAUCAUCAAGAACAGCCUGGAUUACAAUGAGCUCGCCAUGCACUUUGAUCGACUCGUACGGCGCCACAACCUGAGCAGGAUCCUGCAACGUGCCAAGGCCUUGUUUGCAGACUACUUGCAGAGUGAAGUGUGGGACUCGGAAGAAGGGGAUGAGGUUAGUUCAGACUCCCCGACAUCGGCCACUGCUGCUCAAUACUCCCCGCCUUUAACCAUUUCUGCUCGACCCAUUUAUAGUCCGUUAGCAUCCCCUCAGUCUUCAUCGCAAAACUCAACCUACAACUUGGCAACAACAAUUCCUUCACCAACGCUGUCCCUUUCGUCAUAAUACACACAAAGUGUCACUAACUCUGCAUUCUCAUGAGAGCUUCUCAGCCCGACAGAGGUGUGGACUAUUUUAGACAGCCUCCCACUUUGAAUUGAAUUCUGUGAAUGCUUGAUCAUGUACGCAUCAUCAUAUUUGUUGUUAAUUUCUGUGGGCCCCACUUGAAGAUACAAGGACAAUGCAUGCUUGCUUAGGUUUUCGGUUUUUGGACUUUAAACUUAAUGCAUAUCAUCCAGUUUGUCACUUUUAUUAACAUGGUAUGGAAAGUCAAGUCAAGUGCAUUCAGUUAUAUUUUUAGUUCCCAGGCUCUCACUUCAUGACCUGUUUUUGCUUUGAGCUUCCAUACUGAUGUGUCAACAACUUUCCAUUACAUGUUAAUGAAAUAUGACAAAAUCAUACUUGAAAAGCCAACAACCAUUGAGAUGAGAUUGAGUGGUCAAGGCAUGGAUUAAGUUAUUUACUCCUUUCCCCCUGUUUUUCAGAGUAAUUGAAUACAAUCCCAUGCAAAUACAGUACUGUAAUACUAUUUCUAGUCAAUUCACAGUAUAUCAGUCGUCAAGGAAUAUACAGUAUGUAAUUAAAUGAGCUGAAGCAAUUUUACACUUUUUGCUGUUUCUUAAAUUUGUUGGAUUGAACAAGGGAAACCAUGUGUUGACAGCUGCCAUAGCUGAUGAUAAGGCUGCUCAUAAGUCCCAACUAUGUAACCAAUGUUUUUUUUUUUUUUUUUUUUGCUAUUUUUGCUUCUGUGAGACUAAUAGUAUCAACCGAAAUAGCAUGUGAUGCUGCAUUAUUAGAAAAGUGCCUCACUUACUGGUGUUAGAAACCUUGAAGUGUAUUUUUUUUUUAAUUUGUGCUGAAAAUAUCUUGACAAUGUAGAAACCGCUGCCCUACUGGGUGACUCAAUAAACAAAACGUGUCAUGUUUCAGCAACAUUUAAAUUAGCUGGGUAAUUACAAGAACAAAUGAGCCAACAAAACUGUUUCAUCAGCAAAUGCAAUAUAGCUUUUGUUGAUCGUUUGUGAGUUGACACUGAAACUGUAUAGUACAGAUCAGUAGCAACAUAUACUGUAUUAGUAUAUAUACUGUAUUCAAAAAAGUAUAACCUACUAUUGUAUCAUGGGAGUAUAACAUUGCCUGCUUCUUUUUCUCACUAGUUAAUUGAAUGGAAAAGUUUUUUCAUUUCAAUAUUUAGUGUCAUCUGCUAGUCCUGCUUUACACGAAAUUCCCGCCCCCCCCACACACACUGUUGACAUUGUGUGCCAAAAUGUCCCUCGCACCACACCCAGUGAGCUACUUGAAUCAAUGCAUAUUUCUGAAAUGUACUGUUUUUUGCUUACAUAUUUUAUUUUGAGAGGCCUUUGUCUAUAGAUUUUUUUAAAUUCCUUGUCAAAUGCUAACAUUUGCUCUGCCUUCCAUUCCUACAUGUAUAAAUAUCAUAUUUAGUAAUUUAAUAUGUACCUAGCUGGGUUAUGAUCUAGCUACUGUAUAUGUGUAUUUGUAAAUUAAAAAAAACAAGUUUAUCUAAUUACCAUGCGGAAUUGUAACAGUUCCACUUUUUAGCCAUUCAUAUGAUUGUAUAAUGGGCACGAAUAAAU